AUGUCCGAACUGUCAACUAAUCUAACAGAAAUUGCCCACAGUUCUUCGACUACCAUUAAAGAGGAAUUUCAAGAAAACACCACGAGAGAUAUAUAUCUAUUUGGAAUAUCUGUUGGUUUAUUGAUAACUUUCUCAUCGUUGGUAUUAUCGAGUUGGAAUUUUGUAUCCAGUAGAGUUUAUUUGGCCACUGCUGGUGUAGUAGCUGUAUCUCUAGGUAUCGGUGCUUCUUUUGGACUUGUUAGUUCUUGUGGGCUCUUCUUUGUAGAUAUCAUUGGCGUGAUGCCAUUUUUGGCUAUAGGCGUUGGUGUCGAUUCGAUGUUUGUUAUAUUGUCUGAAUGGUCAGAUCAUCAUGAUAAAGCUACAGUUGAAGAUCAAUUGGGGGCUACAUUGAAGGGCUGUGGUGGAUCUGUAACCAUUGCUGCCUUGACUGAUAUAACUGCUUUCUUUAUUGGAUUGUCGUCCAGGUUUCAAAGUAUUAGAAAUUUUUGCGCAUAUACCGGUGUUGCUUUGCUGUUCAGUUACGUCUGCCAUAUGACCUUCUUUUUGGGAUGCUUAACCAUCCAUGGCAAAAGAGUACGAGAAAAUCGCCAUUGUGUGACUUGUACCCCUGUAGAACAGAAUCCUCAAAAAGAAAAGUCAUGUCGUUCUUUUGUCUGUUCUGGAUCUCAACCAACAAAACGUACAGACGAAGAAAGCUAUUGUGAAAAUAUUCCCAGAAAGAUUUUGUCGGCAUUUGUGCAGCACCCAGUAAGCAAAUGUAUUAUAUCAGUACUAUUCGCUGGUUAUAUUGCUAUCUCAAUUUGGGGAUGUUUGAAUCUUAAGCAAGGGCUUGUGCUAAAUAAUCUUGUCAGCGAUGAUUCGUAUUUUCAGAAAUACUUCAAGUGGAAUACUGAGAAUUUUGAAGAUACGUUUGUUUUGUCAGUUGUCUUUCAGCAGAUGAAUUAUCUAGAUGCGGGUAAUAUCCAAUCCAUGACAGAACUGUUAUACACUCUAGAAGCUGAAUCUACAAUCAAGGAUAAUUCAUCAUUAUGUUGGUAUCAUUUAUUUGCCAAUAGUGCUUACUUCAACACAAGCUCCAAUUCUGCUUUCCUGUCAAAUUUACAAUCAUUUUUACCAUCAGUGCCUCACGUAACUAAUGAUGUCGAAUUUUCCCCAGAUGGAACAUUAAUCAAGGCAUCAAGGUGUUAUGUUUUUUCAAAGAACAUACGAGAUACAACUGCCCAGGGCGAAUUUAUGCUACGAGUAAGGGAACUCGUUGAUGCAUCAGAGCUUAAUGUAUUUGUUUUCAACCCAGUCUUUAUUUUCAUGGAGCAGUACGUAUCUAUAUUGUCUGGUACCCUGUUAACAGUUGGGAUUGCUAUUAUUUGUAUGUUUGUGAUUACAUUGCUAUUAAUGCCGCAUCCUGUAAUGGUUGUCUUAGUAACAGUUAACAUGUUAAGUAUAUCGCUGGGAAUAUUCGGUUUUCUCUAUAUCUGUGAUUUGACCCUUAGCUCAAUCACAAUGAUUGACCUUAUUAUGAGUGUUGGAUUUUCAGUUGAUUUCAGUGUUCAUGUCUGUCACGGAUUUGUCACGUCUGGAAAACCAACUCGUAAAGAAAAAACUCUAGAUGCCGUAAAGACCUCAGCAUCGCCUGUGGUCAAUGCCGGUCUGUCAUCUUUAGUAGGAGUACUAGCUUUGGCUGGUUCACAGUCCUACGUCUUAAGAGCUUUUCUGAUCGUAAUGGUGGUCGUAAUUUGUUUUGGACUAGCUCAUUCUAUGUUGCUAUUACCUGCGAUUCUAUCUGUGAUUGGACCUGUAGGUCGCGAGGUCGGUGAAAACAGAAACACUGGCAACCAAUGUAGACCACCAGAUGAAAUUUCUACUACCACAACCUAA